UAUUUUUAAAAGCAAGUGUUAAAAAAGAAAAGCCCAGAUGACUUCAUAUUCAAGGGUAAUGUCUACACAACCCAGCAGAACGCCAAUUUUUAUCUAGAAGUCACAGGAUGGUGGGGAGAAGGGGAGGGAGCAUUUUUGAGGGAAACUCAGUGAAACUUCAAGGACAGACCUAUAACCAAAGCUUUUCAGGAAAGGAAAUAAAGAAAUGAUGCAAUUUUGGGCAAAACAAAUAAGGCAGUACAGGUGACCCUUGAACAACAUGGGUUUGAACACCACAUGUCCACUUACAUGCAGAUUUUUUACAACACAGUACUGCAUGUUAUUUUCACUUCCUUAUGAUGUUUUAAAUAAUGUUUUUUCUCUUGAAGAAUACAGUAUAUAAUACAUGUAACAUACAAAAUGUGUUGAUUGUCUGUUUAUAUUAUCAGUAAAGUUUCCAGUCAAGAGUAUGCUAUUAGUAGUUAAGUUCUGGAGAGUCAAAAGUUACAUACAGAUUUCUGACUGCAUGUGGUGUGGUAGGGUGCUCCAAUGCCCCACAUUGUUCAAGGGUAAACUAUAUAACCAUUUCUAGAUGUAACUGAAGGAUCUUAAAGUGGAAAACGUUAGUCUAAUCAUACCUCUGAUCUAUAAUCCAAAAUAAUCUGAUUCUCAUUUUUACAGAAUUGUCAUGAUCACACAUAAUUUAAAACAGAGGAAUAAAUAUUAACUUUUAGCCUUAGAUUAUGUUCUCUUUACUAGAUUUACUAAUUUUAACAAAACCCACCUACUUGCUUUAGAAAACAGGUAUGGCUAAACUCAUCUCAAAUUUGUCUUCAGUAAGGCAGUUUCUUAUAAAACUUAUGUACUGUUUUAAAAUAAUACAAUUUAAGUGCUUUAAAUAUAUAUUACAUUUGUAAUGGUUUAAGCUGUGGCAUAAUGCAAAAGAUACUUUGCUACAAUUCACUGUUGAUUAUAUAAAAUCUUGAUCAAGUUAAAGAAUGGAUAAUUUCCUUGAGUUUGCAUUCUACUUAGAUUGGUGAAAAAUCUUUAAGAUUAUUCUAUAACAAUGGGAAAAAGUCUAAGGGGACAAGUAAUGAUCUGGGAAUCAAGAAAAAUCUAAUUCAGAUGAUUAAGCUCUGGGCAAAUCUUUUUGUGCCAAUAGUUCCAGAAAUACUAUACUGUUAGAGCUAAGAGAGGCCUUGGCAGGCAUCUGUCCAAUUUCAUUUCUCCUUCAGAAAAGCUAGGGGUAGAGUAGUAUAUCAUUUCCUCUUUUCCUUCAGGUAAUUAAAGAAACGACAUAACAUGCUGUCUGGUAGAGCAGUGGGAGUUGGUGGCUGCGGCCUUUGGGCUGGGAUGAAUCGCGCUCUGGCAGAGGCCGGGGACCCGAGCCAGAGCCAUGGCCAGUACAGUGGUAGCAGUUGGACUGACCAUUGCUGCUCCAGGAUUUGCAGGCCAUUAUGUUUUGCAAGCCAUGAAACAUAUGGAGCCGCAAGUAAAACAAGUUUUUCAGAGUCUACCAAAAUCUCCCUAUGCCAAUAAAGGAAAAAUAAGAGAUGCUCAUCAACGAAUUAUGCUUUUAAACCACCCAGACAAGGGAGGAUUUCCUUAUAUAGCCAUAUAGCAGCCAAAAAUCAAUGAAGCUAAAGCUUUACUAGAAGGUCAAGCUAAACAAUGA